AUGAGACGCGCCUGCCUGCCCGCGCCGCCGAGCAAUAUAUUCGGCGGUCUGGACGAGAGCCUGCUGGCCCGCGCGGAAGCUCUGGCGGCGGUGGAUAUCGUGUCCCCGGGCAAGAGCCACCACCAUCACCCACCCCACCACAGCCCCUUCAAGCCGGACGCCACCUACCACACCAUGAACACCAUCCCCUGCACCUCGGCCGCCUCCUCCUCCUCCGUGCCCAUCUCGCACCCGUCCGCCCUGGCCGGCGCGCACCACCACCACCACCAUCACCACCACCACCACCAGCCGCACCAGGCGCUGGAAGGGGAGCUCUUAGACCACCUCACUCCCGGGCUGGCGCUCGGGGCCAUGACGGGACCGGACGGCUCGGUGGUGUCCACCCCAGCCCACGCUCCCCACAUGGCCAGCAUGAACCAUAUGCACCAGGCGGCUCUCAGCAUGGCCCAUGCCCACGGGCUGCCCUCUCACAUGGGCUGCAUGAGCGACGUGGACGCGGAUCCGCGGGAUUUGGAAGCCUUUGCCGAGAGGUUCAAGCAGCGGAGGAUCAAGCUGGGGGUGACCCAGGCGGAUGUGGGCUCUGCCCUGGCCAACCUGAAGAUCCCGGGCGUGGGCUCCCUGAGCCAGAGCACCAUCUGCAGGUUCGAGUCCCUCACCUUGUCCCACAACAACAUGAUCGCCCUCAAGCCCAUCCUGCAAGCCUGGCUGGAGGAGGCGGAGAAGUCUCACCGGGAGAAGCUCACCAAGCCCGAGCUCUUCAACGGGGCGGAAAAGAAGAGGAAGCGCACCUCCAUCGCUGCUCCCGAGAAGAGGUCCCUGGAAGCCUACUUCGCCAUCCAGCCCCGUCCCUCCUCGGAAAAAAUCGCGGCCAUCGCGGAGAAACUCGACCUCAAGAAGAACGUGGUCCGGGUCUGGUUCUGCAACCAGAGACAGAAACAGAAACGAAUGAAAUAUUCCGCUGGGAUUUAAAGUCUCCGGGGGCUGGCUUUCUUUCUUGUUUUUUGUUUUUGUUUUUUUAAAUAAAAUAAAACAAAAAAACUAAAAUCAGCAACAAGACACAUUUUAAUGAUUCGCUAUAGUGAGAGAGAGAGGGGCAGAGAAGCACAGAGGCAAAAAGACCUAGGGAGAGAGAGAAAGAGACUGGCAAACAAGAAGUAAAUUGUCAAGUUUAGGAAAGUUCCCCCUUGGAGAGACCCCCUGCUUGUUCACAGUGACUCAGUAACACCCAGAGACUGACUUGUUGAAGGCAGAUCAGAAAUCCUUUUUAAAGGACCGAAGACGUACCAAGUAAGAUUUGUUUUUAUUCUUAAAGACAUCACCUAUGUUCAAAUUAAAAAAAAAAAAAAAGAGUACACUUUGCAGCUAUUUUUCAGAGAAUAAAUUGACUCCAGACUGAAACUUUAGAGCUGAGGCUUAUACCAGUAGAGAUUCAUCUCAAAAGUAUUUUGAUUUAAGAAAAAAAAAAAAAAAGAUGGCAGGUUUUUCUGCAUUUACACUGCAUAUUAUAAAUAUAUAUAUAUUUUUACUGUGGUUAUUAUGCUUUUCCUUCUCUGAAGUUAUAAUGCUUAGGGAAAGAACUGAUCCUGCUGUGCUCACUGGUCUUCAGAAGCUAUUAUUAGAUUACUGCCAAACAACCCCUUGUAAAUUAUUAAUUUAUCUCUAGCAACUUCAUUUUGUGCUCAUUCUAAUUAAUUACACCUCUUUAAUCUAAGUCUUGAUAAAAGUAAAAAAAAUGAUAUGGAUAGUGCAAAUCAAAUAUUUUGUGUUGGUAGAAUUUAUGAACUUAAGCAUUUUUCUUCUUACAAAAAAAAAAAAAAUCCCCUUUGGCCAUCUGUAAAUUGUCACCUGAAACUAAGAUUUUUUCUCUGGCAAGUAUUUCUUAUUUGUAAGGCGUUGGCACUCUAUGGUAGAUGUCUACAUUAUUUGUGUAGCCUGAUUCACUGUCCGAGGUAUUUGUUUACUGCGUUACAUAUUUAAUGGGGAUUCCCAUAUUGUCCCCACCACACACUCCUAAGGCGAGAGAAGAAGUGGCUGAAUAGGUGCCAGUGUGGGGUUUUGCUGCUUCAGGUUUCUUUCCAUCACAAUAUUUAUCCUUCUGAAUUUCAGAGCUCGUUCACAACUAACUGUGUUCAGAGCGGCUGUUUUUUUUUAGUUCUUUUCACUGCAAUACUUUUACAUUGAGGAGAACCUUUUUUUUCUUUGGAGGUUUGUUUGUAGAAAAGCCAAAUUUAAAUUUAAAAGCGAGAGAGAGAGAGAGAGAGAGAGAAUGAGAGAGCGAGCGAGACAGUGCACUGCUUGUAAAUUCACAUCGUUUGGUACAAUUCUUUUGGAACAACAAGAACAAAAUGAAGGUACUUGAAUCCUGGUACCUCGAUGUUUUGUAAAUAUUUCAUUUGAAUUGACGCACAUAUAGAUAUAUUCUUACAGAUUUCGCUGUAUCGCUGUUCUAUUUGAGACGAUUUGAAGUCUUUAAGUUCUGUACAUGAUACGAUUUCGUUGGUUUUUUUGUUAAUAGAAGCUUUAUUUAUUAGAGUAAUG